GUUCUGGGGGGGUGCGCGUCAUGGUGCACCACUCGGGCCUUGAUUUCCUGAUCAAUGAAUGUAGCGUCCGGAUGGUACAUCGUUUUUGCCACCCUGGCUGCCAACUUUGGGGAGUGUUUGUUCCUCAGGCAUGAUUCAAACGAUGCUCGCGGGGAGUAUCCACAACUGGCCUCGCUGUUGGCAUCCGUCAGAACUGCGACAUCGUCCAAUGCAACUGUCUCGUCGUCGGCUCCCUUUAUACACAGUAUGGAGGCAACCUUGGUAUCAAUGGCACAAGGCUUGUCACAAGCUCCUAGGGAUCUCAUCAAGCAUGUCAAAGCAGAUGUGAUGGCGACCAUUUCAGACCAGCUGAAACCACGAAUUCUUGCAGAGCAUAGGUUGAUUCAGGCUCAGAUUGCAGAUUUCAGCAGCCUUUUCGCAAAGUGCGAAAUAGAACGCGAAGUUGGGCUGAACACGUCUUUCAUAAAGCAACAGGCCAUCCCAGUUCUGAUUGCGAAUCGCAAGGCGUGUCGCUGGCAGGAGAGCAACCUGGGGCAUGAGCUAGCAUCAUGUGAAAAGACGUUGCAAUCAUCAAAGCAGGUGGAUGCAUCCACCUGUGAAGGUGCCAAGAUGAUGGAUCAGAUCCCAGACAUUGCAAGUUGUGCAUCUGUUAAUGGUGAGGAUGCAGAAACUUAUCAUCGCCGGAUGCUACUUCAAUUUCAGGAGCGGCUGAAAAGCAUUCAUAUAAGAAGGCUCCUGUGCGCAAACACUACUGGAGCAUUGAAGCUGCAGGAAUCUGUGUGCGAAGGACAGGCCAGAGAAAUUCAGCGGCAACGCUCCAGCUGCAACUCGAUGCAGAGCAUGCUGGACUCCUCGGUGUGUGAACUUUCCACAUCAAUGAGUACAACCUGCGCGCAGUACAAGGCAUGCAGGUCCCAGGCCACACUGUCCUAUGAUUUGGUUCAUCAUACGGUAAAGGCCAGAGAAGAUACUCUUCAUCAAGAGUGGAAGGCCCUACAAAGAAUUGAGUGCAUUUUGGAUGCCAUGUCAACAUCCGACGUUUUGUCAGCAACUCAAGAAUGCAACGGCGCUUUGUACAGCGUGACCCAUCUCCUGGUGAAUUAUGUCACGAUUCCUCCGUGUCAGCCGUGCGAAGCUUUGGCUGAAGUCCCUGGAACGAAAGAGUACAACAGCACAGUGUUCAAGGAUCUGCCGGAUGAUGUGCCACUAGCCAUGUGUACCGCAGACUGCUGCUACUGAUGCCUGGUGCAGAGCAAGGACGGAAAGUCAGCUGAGAGAGCGCUGUGACAACAGCUCAAGCUGCAGUUCCGUCAAAAA